GCAAACUGUUGACAUCAUUGUUCCAGAGAGAUCAGCCUGUUGGCGCAGUUUCGCUGCCAGUGUUGGCAUGGGAGGUUAGAGAGGAGUGGAUGGGUUGGGAGGGAAAGGCCUAUAAAUGCAGCGUAGGACUGCUGAGCAGUACCCAUCUUAAGCCGAGUUAGACCAGCUCUGAGCUUGCAACAUUCUCCGACUCCCACUAUGGAUAUUCCCAUUCAGUACCCCUGGUACCGCCGCACUUUCCCAAGCCGGUUUUCUGACCUCUCCUUGGCCGAGCCGCUCGCUGACUGGCCACUGAUGGGGCCCUUCUCCUGGUCCUUCCCGUGGAUGAGGCCUUCGUUCAUGCGCUGGUUCAACUGGCCGGAAAAUGGACACAGUGAGAUGCGGGUGGAGAAGGACCGCUUUGUCAUUUAUCUGGAUGUGAAGCACUUCUCCCCCGACGAGCUGUCCGUCAAUGUCAGCGACGAUUUCAUCACGGUCGUGGCCAAACACGAGGAGAGACAGGAUGAUCACGGCUUUGUGUCGAGAGAGUUUCUGAGGAAGUAUAGGCUUCCCUCCGGCGUGCUAGGGGCCGACAUCACCUCCAAUCUGUCUUCCGACGGCGUGCUGAUAAUCGCGGCGCCUCGGUCGUCUUCCGGGCCAGACCGCAGCAUUCCCAUCUCCUUCGAAGAUGGCACACAGAAACAAAAAAUGUAGAGCCCUCUGACAGCUGUGGAACUAAUUUAGUACUAACCCACUGCUACUGGUUUAUAUGUUGGCAUUUUGGCUCACAAAAUAGGUCAGGCAAGUAAAAAAAACUAAACAAAAAAUACAUGCUUAACCUGCUAACUACUUAUAGUAAGUGAUGGGUCUUGAAGACAAUUACCUCUGGACCAAAAAUUGGAGCCUAUAUAACUAUCUCUAUAUUAAGCUCCAGAAAAUGCGUUUUUUUUUAAUCAUAGUGCUAUUUUUGGUAAAAAUAUCCACAAAUCUACCUAAAUUGUUCCCAGUAUAUUCCUUUCCUUCACCAGGUGUGUGAAUAUCACACAAAGCCUGAGAAAGCUCCGCAUUGAGGAGACCAAACCAACCAUUGGGAAGCCAGUUUGCUCGGUUUGGUGGGGAAAAAAUGAUGUCUAAGACUUACAUUGUCUGACUCAUUACAGAAAUUCCAGCUUUGCUCUGUUUUCUGUGUGAUAACGGCCCUGGUUUCUGUGAGAGAGGAGGAGGAGCAUCUGUGGGAUCCCUUGUUUUUUUUGUUUUUUUUAUUCAAAAAGCCACAGAAAAACUUAGGGCCAGGUUGGCGCCAAAUGGAGAGAGCGCCAAAUGGAGAAAGAGCAGGCAGGAGUAGGUUGCAGUGUAAAGGAUGAGCACAAGAGCCAUUCUCAUCAAUGUGUUCUGUAAUCGACAGUGAGUGCAUUUUUACUUGUGAACCCAACACCGUUGUUGUUAAACUGGCUGUGACUGCUGACAUGUUAACAUAGAAAACAAUAGUUAGAAUAAACAAAGAAACUCAAAUUUG